AUGAAAGGGGGUAAGUUAUGCAAGGAGAUUAACUUUGUUAAAAAAUAUGUUGAAGAAAUGAUGAAUGAAACAACACAUGAUUACAAUUAAAGUAUGAAGAAAGAUAUUUUGGAUUAUGUUCUCAAAGAGGAGAGAUUAAGAAUAGGAAUUGUAGAAAUUAUUGAUUAAAUUCUAGAAUAUGGCUCUGCUGUUUAUAAAGGUAUAGAAUCUAGUGAAGUUUGGAAAAAGAAAGUUAAUGAAGCUAGCGAGUGUAUAAUUUAAUAGUCAAUUACUCUAUCAUUGUUGAAGAGUUGGUAAGCUAAAUAUUCUAAAAUGAAUUUCCUAGUUUUAUCAUCUGUUAAGAUUAACCUAUGAAUAUUAAUUAUUUUACAAAAGUUUAAUAGGAUCGUAUUUAAGAAGUUAAUAAUCAUUUAUAAAAUCAAUGGCAUAAAAGAGGUAGCUUAUCUCUAUUAAAAAGAAUUACAUGUUACAAAUAGAAAUAAAAGAUAUGCCAUGUUAUUCUUUGAAAGUACUGCUACUUUAAUGAGUAAUUUAUUAAGAACUUAAAUUAAUGAAUUUUUAAUUUCAUAGAGAAAUUUCUUUAAAAGAUUUGAUAAGAAGAUUUUAAGAACAUCUUAAUAAGUUAUUGCUGAAGAAGAUGGUUUUGAUAAACCUAUUGAAGAUUUUUUUCUUACUAUCAAACUCUAACACGAUUGA